CAUUUCUGAAUUUCAAUAUAAUAUUAUAAUCUUAACUUUGUAUUAUGAACUAUGAAGUAUUUGUAUAAUCGCGUUUCGUUUUAUCAUUAGGAUUAAAUACAUUUUAAUAAACAUUUUUGAGUUGCGCAGACGUUUGCACUCUUAUAUAAUAAUUUAGUAAAAUGUCUAAGACCUUGAGGUUUUUGUCUCAGCUCUCAUCAACCGUUCAAACUGGAUUACGAUCUUCAGUUUUGACUUUGAACAAAUAUUCGAUUCGAAGUAUCUACUAUCAAUGUCGACAGCCGAUUUUGGCAAACAAAUUUUUAUGUGUCAACAUGGACAGACGUUACAAACGUACAAAGAAAGAAAAUGAUCGAGAUUCUGAUGAUGAAUUUGAUUUAGAAAUGGAUGAAUCCAGUCAACUGAUUAAAUUUAGAACUAGUACAAUGAGAAUGGAUACUGUCCUAAAACAUGCACUAGGAAAGUCUAGAAAUAAAAUUGAAGUAGCUUUUUAUGAAAGUCGUAUCCGUGUAAAUGGAGAAAAAGUACAGAAGAAAAGCCAUGCAAUAGAAGUAGGUGAUGAGGUGGAUCUGGUCAAAGGUCCUAGUCCAAAUAAUCCAGAUUUUCUUUUAGUAUCAAGAGUAGAAGUUUUGUCUGCCAAAUUAGAUGGAGAUGAAUUAGAAGUGAAAUUAAAAAAGUACAAGAGCCUUUUGAUAAAUAAUUAUGAAAAUAAAUGGAAACCACAAUCAUAAAAAUAUGUUGUACGUUUAGAUAAGAUAAUUUUAUUUAAAUACUUUAUUCAUAGAAAGUCACAAUUUUAAAUUAUAUUUCAAGCGUUCAAAAAUGUGUAAAAAAAUGUAUUAUAUUAUAUGUUUAUAUUGAAAGUGUUUAAAGAUAAAAUGUAUUUAAUUAGUCUAUAAAUACUAAUGUGAAUACUCUAAUAAUCAUAGAUAAGCCACUUAUUAACUGUGUAGUAAAUGUAUGCUACACGCCUAUACCAGAUAUAUGAGGAAUUUGACUAUAGCUUAGAUCAGUGUUUCUCAACCUUUGUAUUAUGGUGACACACUAUUCAAAAUAUUCAUACUUUAUGACACACAAUAAAAAAAAAAUAAGAAUAAUACUUAUUAAUUUUUGUAAAUAUAGUGUCAACAAAAUUUGUGUAUUUAAUAUUAGUCCUUCCCGCGGCACGUUUGGACUUCCCCAGCAACAGACUGGUCGAGAAACACUGGCUUAGAUGUAUACUGUGCAAGUAAUGGGGAUCACAUUGAGCAUUUGUAAACAUUGCAACAAAAACUUGAUAUAAUUGUUAACCUCAUUUGUAAUUACUAAAGUUUCACAGUAACUAUGACUUUUUGAAAUUUGAUUAAAUAUUUUGAAACAUCCUGUGGCCAGUUGUAUUAUAUGCAAUAAUAUACAUAAUAUAAAAUUAUAC